GCCCUGCCGCCGCAUCCGCAGCGGCCCUUGUUUCUUCUCACUUGUUGUUUGGGGCGCAGCGGCAGGUGGUCAGCUACUUUGGAACCACGUUUUCCUUUACUAGUGACGUAUUUCAUCACCCAUUUAGAGUUCGGCAUGCUUCCGGGGCUGCUGUUGUUCUAGGUGUUAGAUUUCUGGGGCUUUACACAGAGCAGGUCUGAGCCGGCAGACAGGAUUCGGUCACCCUUCCUUACAAAGAGAAAAGGGCUGGCCGCUUCGUGAUUUAGCCUGAGGCUCUCCAACCCCCUGUGUUGCUUCCACGCAUGGCCUCUGCUAUUGGUUCUCUCCCUCAGCGCCCUGAAACGACAGAAAAAAGCAAUCCAGUUCCAGAAAAUUCGAAGGCAAAUGGAGGGGCCAGGUGCCCUGCCCAGGACCCUGACGCGGGAAGCCAUGGAGCAAAUCCGGUAUUUACAGAAGGAAUUUGCAGAGUCCUGGUCAGUUCCCAGGUUGGCUGAAGGCUUUGAUGUCAGCAGCGAUGUGAUCCGAAGGGUUUUAAAAAGCAAAUUUGAACCCACAUUGGAGCAGAAGCUGAAGCAGGAUGAAAAAGUUCUUAAGAAAGCUGGGUUUGCCCACUCGUUCCAGCAGACUCAGGCCUCUGGGAAUACCACAAAGCCACUCUCUGCUGGCCACCCUGUACCAGGCUGUUUGCCGAUGCCAGGGGGUGAAGCCUUAUCCAAAGGCCAGCAUCGCAGCAUGGCUUUGAAAGUGAUAGAGUCCAACACUCGUAGUACAAAUACACCAAGGAGACAGAAAGAAAGGAAUGAAGGAAUCCAGAGCCUGGGAGGAAUAAAGGAGAGCAUUGUGCCCGUCGCUGCAGCCCUGGGUCGUCAGAGGGACUUGCAGAAGUACUACACCAGUGAUCGUGAGGGCACUGAAGGAACUGUCAGUUAUGGAUUGCCAAAUGAUGAGAAGCUGGAAGAGUUGAAGACAGGGGAGCCAUGUGACCAGAACUUGAACUUCGGCAGCAAAGUAGUGCUGAGGGGGCGGGAGUUCUUCGAUAGCAAUGGGAACUUCCUAUAUAUAAUUUGAGUUGGGGCCUAUCUUGUGGAGAUGUGUGAAACAGCUGGGGAAAUGUAUUGGGAGCUGCCUGGAUUUCGGCUUAUGGGUUAGCCACCUUAGAGUAGGAGGAAGUGAUGGGCCUGGAAUAGAAGCGGGAGGAGCUGCUUGGAUUUGAAUCUGACAAAGGGCAAUGAACAUCAGGGCCAGCGUGUAAAGGGCCAGGGUGAGUUGGGCUGGAUAGAUUCAGGCUUCCUAGAGCAGUGCUUCAGGUCUGACCCCUGUGGAUCAUCACCACGCACCCUUCUUGCUCAGACUCUCUGUAUAUUGAAAAGCAGCCCAUGUUGCAUGUGUUGUGAGUUUCUGUGAUACUUGCAGUAUGUUUUGGGGAGGAAAUGAAAAAUUUGCUUUCUGACCCCAUUUCCUUCUUGAUUAAUGAAUUCUAGUAGUUCUGGAACUGCUUGAUCAAUUAGUUGUUUUCCUUACGUGUAAAAUACAGCAAAAAAAAAAAUCUUAAUGCGUGGUACAACUCUCUGGACAGGACUUAAGAUUUACAGUUUUGAUUUUUAUCACAGAAAUAAAAUAUUAUACUGACAAAGAUAUGAGUUAUUUUGUCCUUAAAAACU